AUGGAAAGACGAGUUGAAAUCAGCAGCUAUGGUGAUCCUAAACUAAAUAUAUCUGAUUAUGACGAGGAAGAUGAUCAAUUCACUAAAGAAUUCAGUAAUUUUGACGUUACUAACCGAUAUAAUGCGGUGAAUAAUAACGGGAUAUCGAGUGAAGUGCAUGCGACCAAUGCCGGAAACAACUCGAGAGAUUACGGUCACAGUGGUUUUGCAGAUUUUGUUAAGACUAUUGAAAAACGUGCUCAAGAGGAUGAUUAUAAUAAUAAUAAUAAUUAUAAAGGAGAUGAAAGAUGGUCUGGUUCUGAGCAGUCAGUGGACAAGAAAAACAAUACAAAUGCUGAUGACGAUUUCUUUAAGAGUGGAGUAUUUGAUUCAGAUGAUGACCAGAGUGAUGGUGACAUAGACUUCUCUGUUUCAAAGGCUGGAGGUUAUACGAGCGAUAAGGAAAGUAAUAUGAAAUCUGAUGAAAAGACUUCCGAAAAUCCAGUGGUAACAAGUGUACAGCUUCAAGAAACCCCUGAUAUGUAUAAUACUAAUAAUGAAAGAUAUGAAAAGAAACAUGAAUCUAUGACUGUCAAACAGAACAAACGGAAUGCAGAAACGAGAAGGAAUAGGAAUAGAAAGAAAAGAAGACAUCGCUAUGAAUUUUUUCCAUCCUAUUGA